AUCCGCCAAAGUCAAUUUUGCCCAUCCUUUCCAUUUAAAAGCAUCCCAACUUUUAAACGGUUAUUUUCCCGAUGGAAAAUAUGAUGUCCAUCAAUGUACGCAAUCUGAAUGACUGGGACAAAACUACUUUCGAAUGUUGCUGCCAUAAUAUCGAAUGCGAUCGACUGCGCUUAUUCAACGAAGCGUACAGAAGGAUGGAGCAUGAUGCUCAAUUGGCUGCAGAACUGGGACAAGCAUUAUUACUUGAGAAAAAGGACCAUGAAUCCCGCUGCGGCAAAUACGCAGUUUCCCCACGCAUAUCCAUUGCUGAAGAAGAGAACACGCUGCAGCAGGCAAUCAACGAACGGGACGCACUACGACGAGAAAAUGAGAAACUUGCAUGGAAUGCACAAAAUGCACAAGAGAUGAUCCAGUUGCUUCAGUUGGAAGUGAAAUAUUCGAGAGAACAUUCGAAAGAAAUGAUGGCAAAACUCGAAAAUUAUACACAAGAAAUUUCCAGACUCAAACUUUGUGAACAGAUGCUAAGCUUAAAAAAUAACAUUGAAAAUGAAUUGCGUAACCAGAUGGAUGAUUUGAAACAAGAAAUAACAAUGACGCGAAGAAACGAGCUGAUGUGGCAAAAUAAACACAAGCGAUUGCAAGAAAAGUAUGAAGAUGCUCGGGCCGCCAAUGAGGUUUUAACUCGGGAACAUCACGAAUUAGCCAUGUUUGUCGUGCAAAACGGAGUUCUUUCCCAAAUGAAAUGCUAUAAUGAGCAGUUACGCCAAGGCCUUCUCCAGGAUUCAAACGCUCCGCCAGCGCCAUUGCCAGAAACACGAGAUCCCAAACGAGAACAUGGAUACCCUUCGCCAUCGUCAUCGUCUGUUCUGUCUUUUGAUAAACCGUCCAUCUCGUUAUUAUUGCAAGAAGAUACAUCCCUGUCGCCUGAAACAAUUACCGGAGAAGAGUCGCAGUGGCAGAGUCAUGUUCAAUCAUCUUACAGUGCGCUUCAGUUGAUAGCUCAUCAACUCUUUGAACGUCUAUGCGCCACGGAUCCUCGAAAGCUGAAUCGUCGUUUACACCGGGCGUUUGACAUGUCGGAACUAAGCGAUAUGAGCAAUUCCAUCAUUCAAAACAUAUUGAUCGAUAUUGAAGAAUGCAAGCAACGGUUCGAUUUGUUAUCGGGCACUUCGGACAGCCUCGGUGUCACCAUACCAAGCUGUAAAGAAGAGCAAGCAAUAACCGUGUUUACUGCCCUGCUAAAAACGAUCCAGAUGAUUCUCCGGGAGGUAGCUGAUUUGCGACUUACACUGAACGACUUGCAGGCGGAUUACGUUCGCCGUAUUGACCAAUCAAUGAAAAUGCAAACCAUCACCGAGGAGACGGAAGCUUUAUCCAAGACUCCUGAUGCUUCCUGGAUUCCCUCCUUUGCCCGCACGUCGGCUGAACCAACGAAUCCAAGUCAAAAACCCGCAAGGCAAACAUCUUGGAUGAGUAACUUGGUAAAUUUAUUCCACAACGACCCCGUCGACGAAAAAGAUCCCGCGCCUCCAACAACGCCACUGAAUUCAUCGAUGGCAAAAGCAAAGCAUCGUCCUGUCCCCAUCAUCGUUUAAAAACGCCAUAUACACCUGCCCGUCCUUUCGCAUGCCACAUCAUUACCCUACCGUCAAAUCCUUAAAAACAAAAGAAAGUUCCCCAAAAAAUUCAAGCGAAAUGAGAGAUCAAAAGAUAACCUACCCUAUGUUCAUAUAUGUUUUUAGAUUUUCAAGCAUCAUUUUUAGAGUUAUAGA